CCGAGUUCUAAAAACACGCGGUUCGUCGGUGAGCGGUUCAGCGGUGCGAUAAACAUUGCUAGAUUACUUAGCCUUUUUUUUCAUUUACAGCAUUCCGCGCUACAGGUGUUUACUAUUGAGUGGUAAAUGCCACCGAUUAAAAGUGUACAGCAAAUAUUAUUUCAAAAGUUUGUCGCGAUUAGACAUUGCGAUGCAUGAAAAUGAAGUGAAGUCGAUGCAGGGAAAGAUCGCUUGUCCGCGGGAACAGUUGGAUUUGGGGAUCACUUUGAAAGGUGGCCAAAGUUUCAGAUGGGUUCCUGAGAGUGAUGGCUACAGAGGAGUAUUUGAUGGAUACGUUUGGACUCUCGUGCAAGACAAUACGCAUUUAUCGUACACUGUCCAAGGUCCACUAAACGAUUCCAAAAAUUACAACGAUAUUCUAUCUCAGUACUUUAGAUUAGACGUGUCGUUGUCAGACCUCUGCAAAGAAUGGAGUACGGUGGACGAACAUUUUCAAAAGUCGUUAGAUAAAACGAAUGGUGUUAGAAUAUUGAAUCAAGAAGUCGUUGAAAAUGUCUUCUCUUUCAUAUGUAGCUCGAACAAUAAUAUACGAAGAAUAUCGACGAUGGUAGAAAAACUAUGUUCUCUAUUCGGUGAAAAGAUCUGUUCGAUCGAAGAUAAAGAUUACUAUAGUUUCCCAACCAUUGAAGCGCUAGCAAAGCAAGACGUUGAGGAACAACUGAAAGAAGAGAAAUUCGGAUACCGUUCGAAAUAUAUAACGCAAACUGCAAAAACUUUGAUAAAACUUGGCGGGAAGAAAUGGCUCCAAAGUUUACAUAAAGAUAACAAUGUAUCCUACAGUAAAGCAAGGGAAGAGUUAAUUACGCUUCCAGGUGUUGGCCCGAAAGUUUCAGACUGUGUAUGCUUGAUGUCUUUGGGUCAUUUGGAAGCUGUCCCAGUAGAUACCCAUAUCAAACAAAUCGCUAUGGCGAAUUAUUUGCCUCAUUUAAGGCAACAAAAAUCGGUUAGCAACGAAGAAGUGGGUAAUCAUUUGCGAAAAUUGUGGGGCCCGUUAGCUGGAUGGGCACAGGCUGUAGUAUUUUGUGCAAAAAUUAACGACACAGAUGCCCCCGUCGUGUUGAAGUCGAAACGCAAGGCGUAUCCAAGGAAAUCACCAAAGAAAAAGAUUUGCAUGUAGUUUAAGAAUCGUUGUAUAUACUAAAAUUAUGCGCGAGAUAAAAUAUGUUUUAUCAAUGUGAUAAAGUAUUAUCUACUUACGUGAUAGACCACUGUAUCGAUCUAUGCGUUAAAUCUACCCAAAUAUGCUACUAUCUUUACAUAUAAAACAUCUCGAAGAACUUUAUUCCAACAGUUGCAACUUAAAUAAGCUCGCAUUCAGUAUUUACAUAUGUUACAUGUGCCUUACAUAUAUGUCUGUAGUGAAAACAUACAAAAAAAUGUUGCAUCGUUUUGUUGAUUAA